AUGUCCCCGUCAUCGACAUUCACGCCCGUCCAACGGGUCUUUGCCCAAGUCCACUCCGCGACGGGCCUGAAAUUUCCCGAGACGGUCGCGGCGUUGCUCGCACUGGGCGUCACGCGGUACCAUGUCGAUUAUAUCGCGGGGACGACGACGACGUAUGCACCGACAUCCGCACCCAAGAGGGCGACCGGGUCGAGCCAACUCGAGAAUGCAAUUGCGAAUGCAGUUGUGAUCGAGUCAGAAGUCAUCCCCACACCCACACCCCUCCAUACCACCCCAUCCAUGACAGUGGCGUGGAACGCCCCCGCCCUCUCCCUCGCUAUAGCGCGCAUCCAAGCCAACAAAACGACCUACAUGGAAUUUUCGCGCGAAUGCAGCGCCGCCGGCGUCGUGGGGUACAUGGCGUUUUUGGCCGGGAAGCGGGUCCUGUACUACGGCUGCGACGGGGACGUGCAUGUUGAGUGGUUUCCUAGCGUGGGCGCCGCAAUGCCUAGAAAAGAGUGA